UAUUGUCUUGCCAAUAAGUCAACAGAUUGUAUUGUAGGAGUAUUUUGACAAUAAACAAGUUGCGUGGUCAAUCAUAUUUAGCAAACAAAGAAUUAUGUUGUCUUAGUUGACCUAAAGUUAGAUUACCCAAUAUAAUAAGCAUCAUUGAUUCAAUGCUGGUUUAGCGUCAGUUGCCAAUUCAAGUUAUACUUUAAAUGUCUGGCGUCGAUUUUCGAAGACCAGCUGGUCAGCUCGAGCUCUCAGUGCUACUUCUGGGAGCUUCAGCUGUCGGAAAGUCCUCAUUGAUUCGUUCCUUUGUUGGCGAGAACUUCCGCUUCACAAAUCCAGCUACUGUCGGUGUUGAUAUGAAGAGGAGAACAGUAGAGCUAGAAAAAAGAAACAAGAUUGUGACGCUAACUUUAUUGGACGCAGCUGGCCAAAAUACAUUCGAGUCCAUUGUUAUGUCUUACUUUAGAAGUGCCGAUUUUUAUGCUCUGAUCUUCGACGUUACGUCUAAAUCGUCCUUCGAAGAAGUAGAUAAUUGGAUGAAGAGACUUAAUGAUUUAGAGAACAUGGCGGAAAACUGUAUUUUUGUAAUAGGCAAUAAAGUUGACCUGGAAAAAGAAUGGAAAGUAUCUGAGACGGAAUUGACAAAUUUCUGCAAUGGAUUCCCAGAUCCGAAACCAAUUCCUUUCCUAGCUUCAGCAAAAACAGGCGAGCUAGUGGAAGAUGUGUUUACGGAGAUGUGUGAGAUCGUGUUGGAUCGAAUGCAGACGAAAAAGGAAAAAGACCGUCGGAGUACAAUCGACACUACCCUUGAUCCACCGAAAAAUUCGCCGAAACCGAAGAAUUCAGAUGAUUGCGGAUGUCUCAUUCUGUAGAAUACACAACAUUAUAGAGUACCAACUGCAGUUAUUUAAUUUGCGAGUUAUUUGACAAUGAUUUUCACUUUUCGUCAAUAUCGGAUAUUCAGAUAGCUCCUAUUAGAAAAGUAAAAAGCUAGCAUAUCAGUUCUUAGAUUCUUUUUGCGUAGUUCAAUUUUUAAUUAUAAAAUA